AUUCAGGAUGGAAAGAGAGUGAAGCAAAGCUGAGGGGUCUACUAAAGUACUGCUAAAUACAAGAGGCACCGAAAGAGAUAGAAAAUAAAUACCAGUGGGCUUGGCUUGGCUUUGCUGGGUUCUAGAGAGAGAAAGACAGAGAGAGAUAAAUUUAUUUGUCGCGCUUUGUUUGAUCUCUCUCCUCCCUCUUAAAACCUCGUCUCUCUCUCUCUCUCUCUCUCAAACCUAGGGUUUGCUUCUCCAUCAAUCUCUCAAAAUGAAUAAGCUAGGGAGAGGCCACCGUGAAAAGGUUCAGCAGUUCAUGACAAUCACCGGAGCAAGUGAGAAAGUUUCAAUUCAGUCUUUGAAAGCAAGUGAUUGGCAUAUGGAAGGAGCAUUUGAUGUAUUUUACAGCCAGCCCCAGCCUAAAUCAUAUACUGAUAUGAGACAUUUGGAGGAACUUUACAACAAAUACAAGGAUCCAUAUGCUGACAUGAUUAUGGCCGAUGGAAUAAGUCUCCUGUGCAGUGACUUGCAGGUGGACCCUCAAGACAUUGUGAUGUUGGUUGUUUCAUGGCACAUGAAGGCUGCUACUAUGUGUGAAUUCUCCAAGCAGGAGUUUGUUGGCGGAUUGCAAUCUCUUGGAAUAGAUUCACUGGAGAAGUUCCGUGAGCGAUUGCCAUUUAUGAGGUCUGAGCUUAAAGACGAACAAAAGUUUCGUGAGAUCUAUAUUUUUGCUUUUGGCUGGGCUAAAGAAAAGGGUCAAAAAUCUUUAGCUCUGGACACAGCUAUUGGGAUGUGGCAGUUGCUUUUUGCAGAAAAACAAUGGCCAUUUGUUGAUCAUUGGUGUCAAUUCUUACAGGCACGGCACAAUAAAGCUAUUUCCCGGGAUACAUGGUCUCAACUGCUGGAGUUUGCGAGGACGGUAGGCCCUGCAUUAUCGAACUAUGAUUCUGAAGGUGCUUGGCCAUACUUAAUCGAUGAAUUUGUCGAGUUCUUAACUGAGACUGGCGUAAUACAGAAGGACCUAUUAAAUAAUGAUUGGAACCAGAAACGUUGAUUCUCUCUGGCCUCUGGGGAUAGUGUUGUAUGUUUCAAGCUUUUAUUCAGACCAUUUGUUUUGCUCACAUUCGGACUCCGUCUUUACUUAGUAUUGCUGCAGUAUAUGUAAAAAUUGUUGUACUGGGAAGAUUACAUCUGUGGAUUGAGAUCUUUAUUUUAAGGACUACUAAAGCUGGUUGCAUUUUUUUUGUUUUUUA